AUGACAGCAGACACACAUGCAAACAGAGGCAUCAACCAAGGGAACUGGUCCCAACAAAACCCAGGGUUCCAGGAACUGCUCAACUUUACUGCACAUGGAGGCAGCAGCAGAAGGCAGUCCAAGGACAAAGACAUAUGUUACAAGGGGCACCAUUUUUACAAGAAGGGCAAACACACUUAG